CCUGAAAGAUUCAAGUACUCUACAAAAUUAAUUUACCCAUUGCAUUCUGAUUUACUUUUAGGAAAAUAAUUGAAUCCUCCUGUCUCGACAAUAUGCACAUCCACAAAUGGCAAUGAAGCAUUGUAAGAAGUUCCAUAUCUAUCCGGUAAGCCGUACAGGAGGAGAAGUAUUCACAAGAUUUUGUGACAGACAGACAAAAAGUACAAAAACAAUGCCUCCCCCUGAAAGACAAAAAGAUACGGAAGGAGUAUAUUACCUUUUGUACGAUUCUGGCAAAAAGUUGGAAAUCAAUAUGGACAACAUAGAGGAAAGAGAUCCAUCUGUGUAAUUUGCAAGUACAAAUGGACUGUUGAUUUUGUGACAAGCAGCAGUCUGGAGAAUUACAUUGGAUAUCAUAUCACUGGGGACUGGACUUAUAAUGGCCAAUUUUGACAGUGCUAGUCAUAAACAGCUUUACUAUCCAUAAUCAUGUGUGAAAAGCUCAGGGUUAUACAAAAUGUUGGAAGUCUACAAAGUUUGACAAAUCUCCAGAACAGCUUUUAAACGACAGUCUGUCCUGGCUGUAUGAGAGUGUGGAAGCUUGUAAUGAACAGUGUAAAAAGCUAGUUAAGGCAUUAUGCCAGUUAUGCCCUGGUAGAAUUAUGAGGAAAGGAACCUCAAGCAUAUUGGGUCACAAGAUAUCGAUUUUGUUUAAGAAUCACAUCAAGGCAAUGCUGAAAGAAUUACUGGGAUUGAAGAAAGGAAAUUCAAGAUGCUAUGAACAACACUGGAGGCACGUGAGGUGGAUUAAGAGACAGCCCCUCAACGAACAUUUGGAAAUGAAGAAUUCCGAAAAGGGAAUGGAGGAGAGGAUUAAACUUUUUGGAAAGGGUAGAAAAGAACUGUAUGCAUUGAUUUUGGAGGAAUUUGGAGUGUUUAAGCCAAAGUCCAUUAUAAGAAUUGGUUAUUGCAACGACUUUUACUUAUCCCUGAAGGAGAACAGCAAUGAGCUACUGAUGGCUACACUUGAGGACGAGAUGGGACAGAAUAUGAACACAGGCGUCCAAUACUUUAAAGAUGUUCUGUUUGUGGAGGCAGAGAUUCUGAUUGCAUCCAUUGUUUGGGAUACAUCUUUAAAGGAAGCAGAAUGCCGCCUUUACCCAAUGAAAUAAUUAUUAAUAAUUACUACAUAUAUCUGUAUUGUACCAAAUGGAAAGAACAUUAUUCAGGUCAUUUCAAACUUGACAUAUAAAACUGUAUAAAGGAAAUAUUUUAAUGUUUCACAUAUUUACCUUUCACUGUUCUAUGCCAUUCAUUAUACCUGCCAUUAUGCCAGUCUUCCUGAACUUUUUUGUUUUUUCUUUAAUUUCAUUGGCCAAGAAGUUUAAUCCUACAUGUACUGUCAUGUAGAUUAUUAGAUUGAGCAUUUUUAUGUAUUAUCCCAUUGAUUUUUAAGUCCUAUAUAAGGAACUGCAUAAGCUGACUUAGAUUUACUCACUCUGCUAGGUUAAAGAACUCUAAAGUUUGUACUUUCACGAUAACUGCGUGUUCACCUCUUUUAGUAGGGUUUUCAACAUGCAGGAAAUGAACCUAACAGUUCAAUUUUUCAUUAUGAUAUGCAAAUACCUUAGCAAAGUCAAUUUACUUUGGUUCAGGGGUAGUAUUAGAUAUUCCUAUUUAGGAGUUGAAGUAGUUAUGUAUUUAGGCUAUCCCGAUGUUUCUAUAGUUAGCCUUGUCCUAUAUUACUUUUAGGUGUAUGGAAGCCUGCUGGUGUUAUAUCAUAUUUUUUUAUAGCGUGUGGAAGCUUGUUAGAGUCAUAACUUUAAAUUUU